UUGCGAUCCGCUUUAAUGUGUGCCGUUGCCGUGUGUUUCGAUGAGGAGUGAAAGGCAGAAUGGGUUCGUUUUUCGGAUUUAAUACCAAUCUUCCAGCGGAGAACGGAGAGGACGAUGAUGAGCUUGACCGAAUAUGCCUUCAGGCACGCACAACCGUACUGCGUUCGCCGAUGCAACGGCGAUGUCAAGAAGACAUUUCGGACGAGGAAGAAUACGACGCCCUGAAUGAUGAAACGUUCGGUUCGGCGGACAAAGGAGACUGGGAAGACAUUCACGAAAACCUCGUACGGCUGGAACGUGGUAGGAAUGGCACAGGGGCGGUUUCCUUUCCCGGGGACGACGAUGACGGUGAUGGGAGCAGUGGCGAUCUGUUGUUCGAGGAUUACGAUCUGGAUUUGCAGCUUUCGAAGUUGACGUUCUACGAUACCAACGAUGAGAGCGGUCGAAGCAGUGCGGUUGCACAGAGCAUUGGCGAUGAGUUUGCGAGCAAGUUACGGCUGGAUCCAAGCAUAUGGGGUAGUCCAUUGAAGGCACAACCUUCCGCACAGCAGCAGUACACCGAUCACAAAUCGCACGUAACUCCAUUUGCAUCGCCACAUCCGAAUGUCGCUUUUAAACCUCCACAACCUCCAACGUAUCCGAUUGGCCAGCAGAAACCUUCAAGGCCUCCUGCGUUAUUUCCACCAAUGAAAAUGCUCUCGGUGGAGGAUAUCGAACGAAGCAUUAUACAGAAUCAGCACCAACAAAAUCAACAAUCGUUUCAUUUAUUUCAGAAACAAAUUGCACAACCACAGCAACCGUUGCAAUCAUUUCGUCCGUCAUUAACGCUACCGAUGAAACCUCGCGAACAUUUUACACCGACUAAGGAUGUUAAGACGAUACCAUCCAUGCCGCUGAUAAAUACGUCGGUAGCUCCACCGUUGGGAGUGUCGCCCUCGAUGAUGACACCACCACCGCACCUGUUGGCAGCGAGGAACUGUGCCUUGUUUCCACCGGGACCGCCACCACCAGCAGCAGCAGCUCCACUGAUGAACCAUCCGAAUCGUCUUCCGCUUGGCAUAUUGCCGUACAAUAUGUUAGCUACACGACCGUACUCGACACCAAUCAACAAUCUAGCAAUGCAUCCUGCUUUUCCACCGCGUUGUCCAUACGGUUCGCCGCUACAAGGAUUUUUAGGCCCACCGGUGUCAAUUGGUCCACCACUGGCACAGCGUCAUCCAGGGCCUCCCGGGCAAUUUCUGCUGCAGCGCAGUCCAACUCCACUGCAGAACAAUCAGUUUAACCAACGGCUAGUGCAGGAAAUACAGCAAAACCAUCCGAUGCUAGCAUUUAACCGACAGCUUGCCAACUCUUUCAACAAUGGAAUGAUGAAGAACGUAUCGCAAAACCAUCCCAGGCCAGCAUCCGUUAAGCAGAUGCAUUAUCAACAGCAGCAACAGCAACGAUUGCGGUUAUCCAAUGGUAUACCGGAAGGUGCUGGCGUACCACCGAGAGAACACGAUGAAUACGCAAACAUGAUGAGCAUGCGGGACAAGCAGUGGUUGAUCGGCAUACAGCUAACGCAGCUCAACUCUGACUUGCCGUAUUUGAACGAUUACUACUUUACCGUUUACAAGCAAAGAUCGGCAGCGGCGAAGGGUGAAAACGAAAAUCGUAUCUACAAGGAAAACCAACUGAGCCAUCCGUUUACCCAGCCGAAAGAACAUGCCCAGCUUUUACUGCUUUCAAUGCUAACGAAGAACGUCAAGGGUGGAUUGUUGAAUUUGAGUCGAGAACGUAGAAGUUCCGAAUCCAAAUCGGCCAGCGCUCACGAUGGAAAAGAUGGCACGGUAGGUGGUCGUGCUUAUACGCCGUUCCAGUUUGAAAAGUCGCUCGGAAAGUUACAGUGCGGAAGUGUAACGGCACCGAGGAAGCUUAUCGAUGCCGAUGUUAUGGGAAGUGAUCAGCUGAACGGGAACGGCGUAACAGCGGCCGAACAAUCUUUGACGCAGCGCAAGGCUAGGCAUGUGCUGUUGCUCAUUGAAACAUUGUACAAGCUUGUGCUUAAGCUGGAAGAUAAGCUUAACCCGGCCGCCAUAGCCGCUGCCGGUUUGUUGCGUGAAAAGAAGUUACGCGAAUGGGACAUGCUGUGUGAUGCUGCCGUUACUAACGACGGCUCCCACGGUCAGCUAGAUACGUCGGCCGGGACUGACACGAAGUGCGAUGGACUGCUAGCAGAGUUCGAAGUAUCAUUUGAGGAUCUAUCCGCUUCCCUCAUAGGUCAGCUUACGCAGGACAAAAUUACAUCCAUACUCGGUGUACGCAAGGGUCGAAUAUUACUCCGGCGUUCGUUGGCCGUUCUUCAUGAUCAUCCUGCUCGCUGGACGUUGUGGGGCAUGAUUUUUACCGCGCUGCCCUGCCUAGCCAAGCGGGAUCGUGACGACGCCGAGGGUCUGCUGUUGGCACUGUUCAGUGAGUUUGAGCGUCAGCUGCGGUGCGGCACGAUGACGGAUUUACUGCUGGUGGCGAAAACGAUCGGUUCUUCGUCCAAGGUGAUGCAAUGCAUCGGCAGCAGUAAGUUUCUGCUCUCCUGCAUCAUCACCAUCAUCUUCCAGAUGGAAAUGUUUUGCGGCAAAAAUCCCGCUACGCUCUUAAGCGCAUCGCAGGACGACUGGUGGAUAUCGUUCCUGACGGACGUGAACACGGUUGUGAGGGAUACUAGCCGACCAGCGCACAGCAGCUUUGCGAUAAAUCCGGAUAACAAUAUCGUUCGCACGCUACGGGUUCACUUUGCACGCUUCGGCACACGUGUUGACGGGACGGAUCUGCUAAACUUCAUUACCGAUAAUGGAAAUAACAAGCAGAGAUCGGGUGCGGCCAGAAAACAAUCAUUGCAAGAAACAAACGUCACCAAAUGAAACAAAAAGAUAAUGAGUGACGAGACUAGCGAUACGUUCUCUAACACAUUCGUUAACCAUUCUGAACGAUUUAGUAUAUCGCACAAUUAUAUUCUCUUGUUAAUCCGGCCUUGAAAGAAUUUCAAUUUUAACAUUUUAUAUUUUUCUGUUGUCUCCAUGUCUUUCUGUUACUUUCAAAGUUUAUUGAACACGCUUUUGCGAAACUUUUCUUUUUUACUAUAAAAUUGAAAGCUAGCAUAGUAUAAAACACACGAAUACACACACACUUGCAAAAUGUUUGCAAGAACGGAAUGUGUAUUACCGAUGGUCAUUAAAGUUCCUUCGAUCGCGAGUAGUGUUUCUCUUAUAAGGAAGCGGUUGUAAUUGGGUAAAACCGAUUGAAUUUAUUCCAUACUCCAUGCUGUGACACACGCAUUGUUAGAGACUGCUUUAUGCAACAAUGUUAACUAGUAAUUUAAGUUCUUCGCACACCUGCUUCUCCAAGAAGCCAAUGCUAACCGGAAGGAAUACGAGUGUUUUAUUUACACUGUAAUGAUACGUUUUAGUUAGAAUCGAAGCCGAUUAAGUGAUAGAAGUAAGGGGGUAGUUACGUUUUCGCACCUGGUUGUAUCGCCGCGCUCUGUAUGUGAUUCCUCGUGUGGAUAACUUAAAGUAUUUGCCAUAAAACUCAUCUAACCAAGCAAUGCAUCGCAACCAUGGAACGUAAGAACCAUUUUACCGUUGUUCCAUUUUCUUCAAAAUCAUUCAUAACCUUGUUUUGGAUUCAAAUAUUAUGAUUUCAAAGUAGCUAUUUCAAUAGGUGGUUAGGAGGUGCUCUCGAUAACUCGAUAACUCGUGCUCUAUAUGCUGGGGUGCUGUGUGACAAUUUCAUGACAUUUUGAAUAUGGUUUUAUGUAAAGGAAAUAUGCUUGUUCCCCAGGAGCAGACUGUCGUAAUAUCAGCUUUUGUUGUAAUCGUUUCAAAUCCUAGCUACGUUAGCUUAUAUUAAUCAGUCCGCAUAGCUACUUCUACAACUGUGUCUAAAACGGAAUUUAAAUAGUUCAGUGGAUUCUUUGGAAAUGUAAAUAAUUUCUCCGCUUAUAUACAGACAGCAUGAAACAUUGAUUAACUUACCAGGAAAAAUAAUCAACCAGCAAUACCAAUUUAGAAACUAUAUGUAUAUUAAAAUUCGUGUAAUUAAAAGCAAUGGGGGAAAAUGAUUACAUGUACGACAGAAAGUAUGAUCACAGCGAUUGUGACAUGACGUGCAUACCGAAGUGGCAUGGUCGAAGAAGCAAAAACUGAAUAAAUCAUUCUAUUAUUUCUAUUUUCU